GCCACCGAGCCGCCAGAGGCUGGUGAGGCGGCUGCAGGGUCAGCGCUGGGAAGAUGGCCGCUCUAGCCAGCUCCCUAAUUCGCCAGCGCAGGGAGGUCAAGGACCCCCAGGCGAACCGGCCGAUCGCCAGCAAGCGCAAGCCCUGCCCAAAGAGCAACAAGUCGCUCUGCCAGAAGCAAAUUCUAAUAUUAAUAUCGAAAGUUCGACUAUGUGGCAGUCGAGGGAGAAAAAUGGAAAAAAGACCAGAGCCCCAGCUGAAGGGCAUCGUCACGCGGCUUUACUGCAGACACGGCUUCUACCUCCAGAUGCUGCCGGGUGGCACCAUGGAAGGCACAAAGGACGAAAGCAGCUCCUUCUUGCAGUUCAACUUGAUUCCUGUGGGGCUCAGGAUAGUGGCCAUCCAGAGCACCAAGACAGGGCUGUACGUCGCCAUGAACAGCGAGGGCUACCUCUACACUUCGGAAAAGUUCACGCCGGAGUGUAAGUUUAAGGAGAGUGUGUUUGAGAACUACUACGUCACCUACUCAUCCAUCCUGUACAGACAGACCCAGUCAGGACGGGCGUGGUACAUCGGCAUCAACCGAGAUGGACAGGUCAUGAAAGGGAACCGUGUCAAGAAGACAAAGGGGGCUGCGCACUUCCUGCCUAAACUCAUUGAAGUGGCCAUGUACCGGGAGCCCUCUCUACACGACGUUGUGGAGCAGAGUCCGCCCAGGAAAACGCAGAAGACCUCCAGUGACUCGCCAGUGCUCCAGAACGGCAAGAAGGACCCUAAAUCCAAAACCAAAACCUCCACCUCCUAGCGCUUAAAGACACGGGUGGGAGGAGGGGUGGAGGACACGGGGCACUUGGCACCAGCGGACACCUGAACAGGGUUGUUAGGGCUACUCCCAAUGUGCAACACUGACCCUACAUGAACUCUACGUACCACAAUGCACUGGUGUAAAGUUGGAGACAAAAGUGGCAAAUGGGGAGCCCCUUUUACCUUCACAGACCCCCCACCCACCCACACCAGCCCUCCACCUUCUUAUUAUCAAAGCCUGGGAUAUAAAAGCAAUAACUCCACGAAGGGGUGAACAUCAUCGUAUAGCAUGUCACCACUGCGUGUUUAACUUGCUGGAAGGAAAAUCCCACACCGCCAUCAUCAGCGACAUGCUUCCAGUCAACCAAAUAUUUGAACAAAGUCUUCCUGGUUCUACCACAACGGGUGCAACAGUCAAAACGGUCCCUCAAACAUACUUUACAAACGGGUUUUCAUUUCCCCACAGGGUUCCAUGCUAAGGUUAGCUUGACGCAGAGCCAUGCUAAUGCAAAGUCUGUCACAGAGACCCUUGCAGACUUUUUGUUCCGCAGCCAUCUGCUCAGUCCACUUCUUCCGUGUGUGUCAGCGACUUUGUGAGAUGGCCUGGAUACUUG